GUUUUUGGAGGCGUCGUUGGAUCCAAGUCCCAAGCCGACGACUUCAACAAGGUGAACGCCCUCAACUGGUGGUGGGGUGGGCACAGUGACCUUAAUGCAAUGAUCGACUUCGCGAAAGACUACAUGGUCGAAGCGAACAAGCCCGGGGAUCCGCUUCUGGAUAACAAGGGCGGGGAGGAUGGUAUUCCGAACAUGCCCAAAUGUACCGGCGAGUGUGACACCUCUUCGGACUGUGCGGCAGGUUUGCGAUGCAAGCAGCGAGAUGGUGUCGAGCAGGUGCCCGGAUGCCGGGGAGAAGGGAUUUCUGGUUGGGACUACUGCUAUGACCCGGAAGCCCUGGACAGCAGUCACGGUGGAGACGGCUCUCCGAAUAUGCCCAAGUGUGCAGGAGAUUGCGACAGGGAUUCCGAUUGCGAAGACGGUUUAAAGUGCUUUCAGCGGAAUGGUUUUACGACCGUUCCUGGGUGCUCAGGAUCUGGCACAAAAGAUUGGGAUUAUUGCUACGACCCCAAUGGCUUGGAUAGCAGCCGAGGCGCAGAUGGGUCUCGAAGCAUGCCGAAAUGUGCUGGUGACUGCGACAAGGAUUCAGAUUGCGCAGGAAAUCUGAAGUGCUGGGAAAGAGAUGGCUUUACUUCCGUCCCUGGGUGCAAUGGAAUUGGCGUGAAGGAUUGGGAUUAUUGCUACGACCCUGUGGAUGCUUUGCCACCGCCCUUGGACAGCAGCCCAGGCGUUCAUGGUUCUCCGAACAUGCCUAGAU